GGCAGCCGGGGCCCCAGCCAUGGCGGAGUCGGUGGAGCAGCUGCAGCAGCGGGUUCAGGAGCUGGAGCGGGAACUGGCCCUGGAGAGGAGUCGGCGGGGCCCCGGGGGCGGUGACGGAGGGGGCGGCCGGGCCCGAAUCGAGAAGAUGAGCCCAGAGGUGGUGGAUUCCAAUCCCUACAGCCGCCUGAUGGCUUUGAAACGAAUGGGAAUUGUAAGCGACUAUGAGAAAAUCCGUACCUUUGCUGUAGCAAUAGUAGGUGUUGGUGGAGUUGGCAGUGUGACUGCUGAAAUGCUAACAAGAUGUGGCAUUGGUAAGGUAAAAAUAUUUUUCUUGUCAUGUAGGGAACUACUCACUCCUGGACCAAAUCAGGUACAAAUUAGGACUUUUUUUUUCCGCCCUCAGUCAAUGGUCUCUUGGUUUGUGGUGUAUUAUUCAGAGCGUUCAUUCUACCUAAAGGGUUGAGACAUAUCCCUAUCCAAACAAAAGCUGAUGUAAUUGUGAAUUAAAGAUUAUUCAGUUGUGUUCAGGAACUUUUUUGGCGGGUGGGGGGGGUUAAUACAUAAACAAUUUGGAAUAAGUGUUUUAGGUAUACAACUUUUGGAAAGAUGACUUGAAUC